GGGAUGACACCAGGUUAUUGAAGUUACUUGGUGCUGAAGCGGACAGUAGUGCUGUAGCUGGCUGGCCUGAAUUGGGAUUGUUUGCAUUGAGGAAACAGCAGGGUGGGACGACAUGAAUCAAGAACGAAGCUCUGUCCUCUGGCUUCUUCCUUUCACGUUAUGUGUGUUACUCUUACAUCUAACUUUAGCCGUGAGUUGCCCUGUGUUCGAGGGCUGUCAGGAAACUGUAACAUUCAACGAACAAAGUUACACUGUUGCCAAAUUUCUCGGUGUUCGAUACGCCAAGCAAAUGAGCAACAAAACAAGAUUCCAAAUCCCUGAACUGUUUUGCCCUCCUAGUGACCAUAUUACAAAAGCACUAGGAUUUGCUUCAGUCUGCAUGCAAGGUACUAGUAAGACACGGUCGAGGGAGGAGAUGAGUGAGGAUUGUUUGUUUCUGAACAUCUAUGUACCGGUAUCUGUGCCAGUUGAUACCGAACAGGCAACAACUACUGUCCAGCCGAAUACUCUAGAACCCACCACACUAAAACCCACUACUCGUAAAACUACAACUCCAAAACCCAAAACUCCAAAACCAACUAUUCCAAAAUCCACUACUCCAAAACCCACUACUCCAGAAUCCACUACUCCAGAACCCACCACACUAAAACCCACUACUCCUCAAACUACAACUCCAAAACCCACAAUUCCAAAACCAACUAUUCCAAAAUCCACUACUCCAAAACCCACUACUCCAGAAUCCACUACUCCAGAACCCACCACACUAAAACCCACUACUCCUAAAACUACAACUCCAAAACCCACAAUUCCAAAACCCACUACUCCAAAACCCACUACUCCAGAACCCACUACUCCAGAACCCACUACUCCAGAACCCACUACUCCAGAAUCCACUACUCUAGAACCCACCACACUAAAACCCACUACUCCUAAAACUACAACUCCAAAACCCACAACUCCAAAACCAACUAUUCCAAAGUCCACUACUCCAAAAUCAACUACUCCCAAACCCACUACUCCCAAACCCACUUCUCCAAAAUCCACAACUCCAAAACCAACCAAACUUAAACAAACUGGUCCAAAACACUCAACACCUAAUCUUUCUGAACAAAAUCAGGCAACUGUACCCACAACAACGCCAGAUAAUGGUUCAAACGCCAAAGCACCACCCAACAAAGCGUUAGGUCCCAAAAACACCGUCAAAGAUAAUCCUCCAAAACCACAGUCACGUUCACGAGUGCGCCGGUCAACGAAUAACGAUGAAGAUCUCAUCUAUAACGAGAAUAAGACUGUUCUAACCACCAAUCUACAGGGAAAAGCCAACCUUCCCGUCUAUAUUUAUAUCCAUGGCGGUGGUUUCUACAAGGGAGCCGGGCAAGAUUUUGACCCAACAAGUCUGGUUGCCGUUGGUGACAUCAUUGUUGUUACAAUCAAUUAUCGUUUGGGCGCCUUCGGUCUCAUGACGACCGAUGACUCAGAAAUACCUUCUAACUUAGCCCUAAGGGACCAGCAAACGGCUAUUCUGUGGGUGUCCAGGUAUAUUUAUUUGUUUGGUGGUGAUCCUGCCAGGGUGACUAUCGGCGGACAUUCGGUGGGCAGUCAUAGCGCCAUACUCCAAGCCCUGUAUCCGGGAAAUAGAGAUCUGUUCUCUAGGGUCAUCGCCCAGAGUGGAUUUCCCGUCUUCCCUGGGACAAUCUCGGAGAAAGGCCUUCCCGAUGCAAUUGCAUUUGCUGAGUACUUGGGAUGCCCUAACCCCUCAAAUAGCAGUAGUGUCAGAUCCUGUUUGAUGACACUCAAUUCGAGUACCUUGACUGACAUAAACUUCCCAGAACGUAAACCAAUGACGUACAACUUCCGACCAACUGUAGAUAACCAUUUUAUACAACUAGACGUUAAGAUCGUGAAUGACUCGGGGAUUGGAGAAAUGAAUUUGAAAGUCCCGGACUAUUUCAGUUCCAAGCACUUCCUCGUGGGCACGGCAGGGGACGAUGGCGAAGUAAUAUACAGAGCGGAACAAAAGAAACGUCUCACUGUAAAGAAAAACUUGAACAAGAGCGAAAUAGUGUCAGGAAAGCAAAAUUGUCUAAAAAUCGACGAAUUUUCGUCGUGGGUAGAAACAUACCUCUCCACAGCCGGGAAGGAGUACAGUGCUGGGACUGUCAAGGCCAUACAGGAUCACUAUGUAGACUGGGGCAAGAAUGACAGCCAGUGCUCGCUAACAUACGAUGUGCUGAAUCUGUUCACCGACAUUGUCUAUAAAAUCCCAUCUUUAUCAGUAGCCAAACGACAUGCUGAAAGACGACACGUUUCGUUUCUUCUCCCAACCCAAGUCGCACAAACCAACGAAGAGCAGGGAACACUUUUAGCGAGCAAUAGCAGCACCCCCAACCCCAACAUGACUGGAACUUUCCUCUACGAGUUUGUAUUAGAGCACAAAACGAGCGUGAGGGACGCUGGUUGGAUGAAAUGGUUCCACGGCAACCCGCACGGGGCAAUUCUGCCUUACGAGUUUGGUUUUCAGGCUGAGUUGGGAAGCAACGGUACAGAGGCAGAGACAGAGCAAAGGUUCUGCUUAGCUACAGCCGUUAUGACGGCUUGGGCGAAUUUCAUAAAAACCGGGAAUCCCAACAAAAAGAACGAGGAAGAACCAUCAGAAUGUUCUAGAGCGGCUACCACAGAAAGUCUCCCAUGCUGGCCCGAGUUCACGCUCGACAGACAGGAAUACUUACUGAUUUCCGAAACUUCAACGGUCAAAACCAGGAGAAACUCUACGGAAGUCUGCUUCUGGCAUCGCCUAAUACCCGACCUGGAAGCUGCUGCGAGAGUUGCCGCACCCAGCGAAACACAGGGUCCGCUUGAACAAUUUUCCACUACUACCUUAACGACAACUACACACUCCCACGCCUCAACACAACCAACGCCCACCACUUGGUUUAUUGGGUUAACGCUUGCUAUUUCGCUCAUCCUUCUUUUACCGUAGUCAGAACCAGAAACCGUAAAUAUUUACCGUAUCUAUAAUCAUUGGUCAGAAUCGUUGUUUUUCCAACUCCGCCUAAAGUUCGGAAACAAUACAUUAAGUCUUUAAUUUAUUGAGGACGCGCAUUCUGUUUUUUCGACAAUGCAUUAACCCUUUCAGCACUAACAUAACUGGCCGUUUUGAGUUAAUAAAACCAUGAGGUCUGGAACCAAAUGAUCUGUUUGCUCUAUCAAAACCGUAAGAUUAUUCAGAGUCGUUAUCAAGAUGUUCAAAGAAAUGAUUACGAAAAAACUUGA